AUGCAUUCCGGUUGGUUGGCGUGGGAGUGCGUUGUCUUCGGUAUUUUCGUGUGUGCGACGUCAUGUGCUCCCUUAUGGAGAAGGCGACGAGAUGUCAGUGCUGCGGGAGGUAGCGCAAAGCAAGCUUACAUCUUCGCCAGCGGCGGGGUGUCUACCUUGGCUAUGAUUUUGUCUGUCGCAAGGGGCACGUUGGGAGUUAGAUCAUUCUUAGGUUUCCCAUCAGAGCUGGUCUACUAUGGGUCUGCGAUGUGGGAGACUUUGUAUGGCAUCAUAUUGGCCUUUCCACUGGUGUGUUGGAUCUUCGUUCCAGUGUACUAUAGGCUUCAUACAAACUCCGUGUAUGAAUACUUACAGAUGCGUUUCGGCUCAAGUUGGGUACGACGCAUGGCUGCAGCCACAUUUUUAGUCCGUCAAGUUCUGAACCUUUCUGUGACAGUAUACACACCAACAGUAGCAUUUCACGCUGUAUUGGCACUACCACACUGGGCAUCUGCAGCUGCGUUAACUAUCGUGGGGAUCGUUUUCAACUUGCUCGGAGGUCUAGCAGCGGCAAUUAGGGCCGAUGUAAUACAGACGUUGACAAUGAUACUAGUAAGUGGAGCUUUCAUUAUCCAAGCUACAGUGCGAGCUGGAGGACCUCAGACUGUCUUGGAUGCUAAUAUUAACGGUGGACGAAUGAAGUUCAUGCAAUUCCAUGGCGAUCCAACUGUCCGUGUCGACACAUUAUCAGCUAUCAUCGGCCAGCUUUUUAUGUCUGUGUCUAUAUACGGUUGCCAGCAGACGUUUGUCCAAAGAUACUGUUCAAUGUCCAGUGAAUCCAGAGUCAGAAAAACAUUGUUAGCUAACGUUCCUGCUGUAACAGUUCUGUUCAGCUUAUCCUGGUUCGUUGGCAUGGCCUUGUAUGCCUUAUACAAGUACUGCGACCCUCUAUCUUCGGGCCAGAUUUCGGCGACUGAUGAGAUUUUGCCUUUCUAUGUUCAGGAUCAGUACAGUUUCUUGCCUGGAAUGCUUGGACUGUUUUUGGGGAGUCUGUUUAAUGGAGCGUUGAGCUUCCUGGUAUCAAACGUAAAUUCUUUAUCGACUGUAACUUGGGAAGACUUUGUAUCUUCUGCACCAGCCUUUAAAGACAUUAGCGAUAAACAACAGCUGACUAUCAUCAAGAUUAUUGGUAUUUUUUAUGCUAUUGUCAUAAUGUGCCUAUCCCUUUGUGUGGGAAUGGUCGGAGGUGUCGUCGAGGGCUCGCUUUUAGUCACAUCAGCUACUUCUGGUGCUCUACUUGGAGUGUUUGUACUAGCCGCUUUAUGCCCUGUAGCCAACGGGAAAGGAGCUCUAUGGGGUAUGAUUGCCUCACAUACGAUCACAACGUGGAUGGCAGCGGGACGACUUCUGUAUGUUGACAAACAUGUUGCCAUGCUGCCCGUGUCUACAGAGAAAUGUGUUAACGGAACACUCACUUCUGCCUUAUACCACAAAGGUUUACCGGUGGAAGUGAACCAAACACUAAUUCAACUUGCGCCAUUUCUCCGAACUUUGAAUAAUACACGCUUGGAACCAACUGAAACUAUUGUGACAACCGCUCUCCAGAAUAUGUACGCAGUCUCCUACAUGUGGUAUGCAGUCAUUGGCACAAUCACUUGUGUUACCGUAGGAAAUAUUAUUGGUCUCAUAACAGGAAAUGAAAAUGACGCAUUUGACGAACGUCUUUUGCAUCCAUUAGUUGCAAAAAUAUGCCGAAAAUUGCCAGGUCGUAAGAGGACAUUUACUGCUACUAAUACAGAUAAAAAUGCAACUGUUGAUGAAAAUGUAGUAACGAAGGAAUCUUCGGAAAAGACCAAUGUAACAGUAGUAGAAGAGCCGAAUGAAUCUGUUAAGCAAACGGCUUUUGCGGCUGCAGGUAGUAGAUUAUUUGAUGUAUACGACGUUAGAAAGUCACCGACGCUUUCUUCAUUAAGAACACGGUUGUGA